UGAAAAACAAAUGGAAUUCUAAUGUACGCCAUGAAUUUUUGUGAACGCAUUGUUGUUUGUGAAGAUUUAUGAGAAUUUCUUUCCGUUAGAAAUAUUAAUUUUGUUACCAGAAAUAGCGUAGCAUUAUAAAAAUAAGUGUUAAUAUUAAUCCAAUUGAUUAAUAAAUUGUGUAAAACUAAUAGUGUAAGUACGCAGCUGCAAUAUGGCCGAACAAAGCAAAAUCGCGAGUUUGCAGUGUUACGUACUGUAGCCGCUGUUUAGUAGUAAAUUAUAAAAGUUGUGUGGUAAAAAAGAAAAAUGAUUCUAUUGCUUCUAAAAUAAUAUAAACACAUAAUUGCAAACUGAGAUAAUUUUAGUUUGUUUAAUAUUACAUUAAAAUAUAAGAAUUAUGUUAGAAGAGCGGAUCAUUGUUGAAGCUACAGAAAAUGUUUUUAUUUUUCAUCAUGCUGGGAUAUAUGGAUCAUUUAUUCGAGUGGCAUUAGCAUAAGAGUGUUUCUAUGAAGAAAAUUAUGAUAAGAUACAAUUGAUUCUUUGAGAAUAUGUUCAAUUACUUCCGAUAGACGAUGCAAAAAUGUCGUUUCGUUAAAUCGAGACGAUGUUGACAAUAAAUUCCCUUUGAAAGAAUGAAUUAUCAUUGAAUUUCUAUGAUGGAUAUCGAGGUAGAGUCAGGUAAAAUUGAUGGAGCCGGUGAAACGAAUCCCAGUUGUUCUGGGUACUCGGGGAUGGUUCAUAGCAAAAAGGUAAUAAAACAUGCAUUACGACAGCAGGCAAAAAGAAGAAGAAAAAAUACAACCAUUGCAUCUGGUAAUUCCCGAGCUCUUCCUCGUAUUGUUGUCAAACCUUUGGCACCUCCACCGGCUCCAUCACCACCUCCACCUCCAAAUGAUCCCCCAUCGAUACCCAAUAUCCAACAUUCCAACACAGUUGAAGAGCCUGCAGCAACGAUGAGGGAAGUAUUGGCGAGUUUACCCGGUUUUAGUCUAAAGUCUAAUAGAAGACGUUCCACAAAAAGACUGUCUGCAGCCGCACAGUUAGAAGCUGGCUUAGUGGAUCUUGAAUCCCCAGCUAGUAUUUUAGCGAGCACGAGUUUAAGAGCAUUACUUAACAGGCAUACCUUCCAAGGACUUCCUCCUUUAUAUCAGAGAAAGCUUGCUCAAUUAUUGCCUGCAGUUGAUAGACAAGAUGCUGCUACUUCUGGACUGAAUAAUGAAUUCUUUGCUCGUGCUUGCCUAGAGUGGCGUAAAAGAUUGGCGGAAGGUGAGUUUACGCCUGAAAAUCAGCAAAGACUGAAAAUGGAAGCAGAAAAAGAUAAGAAUAAACUUGAUCCUUGGAAGUUAAAACACUUUGAACCAAUUUGGGGUGAAAAGAGAGAACCUAAAUUUAGACUUGGUUUACACUGUAUGAAUGAACCAAGAACUGGAGGAGCUGUCACCAGAUCUAGUUUAAGACUUAGAUUAGAAUCAAAUCAAGAACAAACUACACCCGAAUCAUUUUAUCGUCCGGUUACGACGAUUACAGAAAAAAUUGAAGAGACUGAUUCUAUUGCUAGAACAAAUCCACCGGUUUCCGAGAUUUCUGUCAGUGUUCAAGAUAGUUUAAAAGAACCACCAAUAAAUGAUGAUAAAGAACCUAUAAUACCUGAGGUUGAGACCAAGGAGGAUGUGAAAGAAAAAAUUGAAGAAACAAUUACUAAUCGAGUUGAAAAAGAACAUGAAGAGCAUAAAGAGGAAUCUGAAAAAAAUGAAAUUAGCGUUGAAACUGAUGAAGUUCCCAUGGAUAUAAGUCAAUCCGAUAUUCCUUUAAUUAUUCAGCAUGAAGAGGAUAUUUCUCAAGAAUCAGAAAUAGGAAUGAAUUUAAGUUCAGUUGAAAGAAUCCAAUUAGAAGAACAGGCAACAGAAGUAUCAAUACCAGUUAUAGAAGAAUCUACACCGAUGAUAGACACUGAUUCGCCAAAAAUGGUUGUAUCAACAUCAGAAUUAGAUCAUACUCAAGAAAUUUCAGUUGCUACUGAACAAAUAGAAUGCCAGUCACAAGAUGAAUGCGAUACGAUUACUGAACUUACAAUGAGUUUGUCUCAGGUAUCAGAAAUUCAGGUUCUUCAAGAAGCUGAUGAUCAUUUUGAUAAUCAAUUUGAGCCUUCAACGGGGGAAAGUGAUAAGAUUUUUGAAAUUUCUGAAUGUGAAAAUGCAGCAGCUGUUGAAAGUAUUACAACACAUGACUCUGAUAAAUCAGAAAGUCUUAUACUUGAAGAACAUGAUGUUAUUAAUGUUCAAAUUAAUACUGAAACUAUUAAUACUAAUUCAACGGAUUCUGAAGUCAUUCCUGAUGCUAUGGAAAUAGAUAGUGAAACGCUUCAGCGUAUUCAUGAACUUGAAGUGCGAGGUGAAAUGCGAGAAGCAUAUGAAGAAAUUUCUGGAUGUACGGAAGAGAUAAUUUAUCCAAUCUUAGAAGGAAUGGAAAUGGGUUCCAAUGAAUCUGAAGAAACUGAUACACAAGAAGUAGCGGAAACAACAGAAGAAAUUAGAGAACAAACGGAUAUAGUAGAAAGUAAUGAAGAUGAAGAACUUCGUGAUGCAAAUAACUAUGUUUGUUCAGAAAUGUUAGAUUGUAGUUGGCCUGUGGAUACUACAGUGAGUAAUAGUAAUACUACCAUCGACAGUAAUUCAACCCAGGAAGACUUGCAAGUACCGUGGCCAUUAGUUGCUGCGGCUUUAGAUGGUUCUGUAGCUGCAAAUAUUACAGUCACUACUCAAGAAGAGUGUAGUGAUACGUCUAAGACAAUAGACUCAACGUCUAAUCAACAAAGUCAAGUUCAGCAACAGUCAACUGCAUUUGUUAAUGAAACAACAACGGAAUCAAUCAACUGUAUAUCUCUACCCGUAAUUCAAAGUGCACCUUUUCAACCCGAUACCAUGACAAUAACCACACCAGCAACUAAUUGCUUGCUAAAAAACGUUCAGACGACGCAAAGUCCGCCCAUUAUUGCCUUCCCACCGUUACAGUCAAUACGAUUUGUUCCGACAAGAUUACAUACUGGUCAAAACACUACUCCAACUCCCGCAUUGACUGCUGCAAGUACCUUGCCUGGAAGAAUUCCUCUUCAGCAGCAUCAAACGGUGACAAAUCAAGUAAGCAUUACUCGUUCGUCUGAAGAAAUGGUUCAACUAGCAACACAAGGUAACGUUUCACGUGUCAAUGCACCAAGCAAUAAUAUUAGCAUCCGAAGCAAUCAAAUUCAACCACAUCAACAUGUCCAAGCAACUGUUGGCGUGACUGCCCAGGGACAUUCACAAAGUGCAAUAGUUGUUCAACAUCAAACACCAAUCUCAGUAACUCAAUCCCGGCCAAUUGUAGCGAAUAUGCAACCACAGCAGUUUUCAAAUACAAAUGUUACUACGAGAUCGACACGUACUACAGGUCCAGGUGGUUAUCGAGGAUCGAGGAAUGGAAAUAAAGAACAAAGUAGUGGAAGAUCGCGAAGUUCAACAAAAGAACCUCCAGGAGCUGUUAAUCUUGAACGCAGUUAUCAAAUUUGUCAAGCUGUUAUUCAAAGCUCGCCAAAUAGAGAUCAGUUAAAAGCACAUUUAAAACCGCCACCAAGUCUUUUAGCUCGUGGUGAUGGUGCUUUUACUACAAACAAAUCUGGUGGGCGCACUGUUACAACUGUAAAAUCUCAAAAAUCACAUCAAACUUCCCAUCAAAAUCAAAAAAGUCAAAAUAAAACUCAAGCUGUUAUGCUAAGACAAGUUUUUGCGACAACACGUCAACCAGCUCCUGUUGAGAUUACAGAAAAUAGUAACGCUUCUGUUGCUCAAAUAAGCACUAAUGGGCCAGGAAAUUUUGGACAGUAUAUAUUGGUACAAAGAACUGGAGUAAAUGAUAGUGCACCUCGAGCAUCUUCAGCUCCACCUUUACCACCGCAGAUUGCGAGUAUAGGUGUUGGAGUUCACUUAGUUCGUGGAAGGCCGGCGAGUGCAGGUGAAGGAUCACAUCAAGCUGUUACUUUAAAAGCAAGAGGGACAUCAGAUGGUCGAGGAAGUGGUGGAGCUGAGCCUGGCGCACCAGGAGUAAUUAUGGGCGGUGAUCCACCACCUCCAUGUGAAUGUAACAUUCGAGGUGCCAUGGUAAUUUGUCGUCAGUGUGGAGCAUUUUGCCAUGACGAUUGUAUUGGACCUCAACGGAUCUGUGCCACUUGCCUCAUACGUUGAAUAAGAACUGAGAAUUAAAAAAAAUGGAAGCAACUCAAGAUUCUAUAUCAAAUUAUAGAACUGAUAAUACUUCUUCAAUAAUGUGUGAUAAAGGAGUACUCAUUAUUUAAGUUUAAAAAAUAAAUCAUAAAAAAAGUGUAUAAGAUGUAAUCAUGUAUCUUAUAUCAUCGCAUUUGCUAUUAAGUUAUUUUUCUUACUCAUGAAAGCCUUAUCUAUAUUUUUUUUAAUAAUUCAACUAGCAAAAUAAUUUUGUCAAUCAAUAAUUCAUGCUUUUAUUUCGCAUGAGCAUAAAUAAAAUUGUAAACAUAAUAUUGUUUCAUUUAUACUAUUGUAUAAAGACGCUCAUUUUUCUAUUGAGAAAUUAAUUACGUUCUACUAUUAAUUCAUGCGAUAAUAUGAAUUAUGAUACAUCAUUAUAACUCAUAUCGAUUGUUUUAUAGUGAGAGAACGUCAAGAAUAAAUAAUCGCUUUUCAUCAACUGUUUUAAAAUGCCAGAAUUCAAAUACUAUAUAUAUAAAAGGAUAAAAAUUUUAAAAAUUAAUUAAUUAAUUUCUGUUUUACACGCAUUAUGCGUUAAAGCUCAAAAAUAAUUAAAUGUAGAAAAAGAGACGGAAAAAACAAAAAAAAAUAAUUAUUAAAAAAUUAACACUUUUCUGUUAUAUAGAAAAAAAAAAACAUUUUACAAAUACCAUGAAUGAGACGCGAACCAAGUGUAAAUAAUUCUCGUCUCACUAAUUAUCAAUUAAAAUCUAUAAAAAUUGUUUAUGAAAAUAACAGAAAAUAAUGAAACUUAAAGACUUAUAAUACAAAACAUACAUAACAUACAAAACACAUGAUGUAUAGUACAACAGCGUAUACAAUUGUAAAACCAUACGCCUAGAAAUCAACAAAUUAAAUAUCUAGUUAAAAAUAAGAAGUGUUUUUAAUUUUUAAAUCGUUAUAUGUAAUUGAAUAUAGUUAUAUUUGGGUUAUCAAUUUUAAGCGAAUUCAUAAUUCAUUUAGUUUAGUGUAUGAUAUACUUAUAAUGCAAUCUAUAUUUUAAGAAUGAUUGUUUUCAUACUUUAGUGAAUAUACGUAUUUAUUUCUUUUUACUAUUUAUCAAUUUUGUUGAUAUAGUUUUUAAUCGAUGUUAUUACUUAUUCGCGAAUAAAUUUUUAUAUUUUUUUAUUGCGAGUAAGUAAUUAAAAUUCAAUGAAUUGAUAUAAAUGCACCGUAAUGGAAGUGUAUUCGCCUUAUACUGAUUUUUUUAAUUGUAAUUGGAUGGUAUUAUAUGUAUCAUUUGAUCUCUCAACUAAAUUAACUUCACUUUAUUCCAUAUAUGCACACUAUUCAAUUACUCAACUUUACAUAAAAUCAAUAUUUAAAAUUUCAUUCUAAACAAAUAUAUAUAUAUAUAUUUUUAUUUAUAUAACUCUGAUAGUUAUUUAUUAAAAUUAUCCUUAAAAAAUUAUUCUACUUUGAGCUAGUCAAAAAAUGUGGUUUAAUAUAAAAGAGCAUAUAUGGAUU